CAGUUUGUGUGCAACUUCCGAGCGGUUUGGUUCAGGUUUGAAAUCGCGCGCGCGUUCGUUCCGAAUUCGGUUGCUAAAUUUUAACAGAGUACACGUGAUAUCCUUCGGUCGUUUGCAUGGGGCGAGUGAGCGAUUACCGCCAUUAGUGUUGGUGAGUGACAUUUUCCUCCCCCGUUCGUGUUCUAGAAGCGUGAUCAAGUUGUUCGGGAUUGUUCUUGGAUCUCUAGGAAUUCGCUCGCUCAAAGAGGGUGGCCCAGUUCUAGUGCUCUCGAAGGCAAACCAGGAAACCGAAGACGUUGAGGGGGUGGAUCGCGAUCGCAAUUCGCGGGGAGGCGCGGAAGGUGGAACCAGUUUCUCUCCGUUUUUGGGCUCUACGUGCACAGGAGACUUGAACAGGCGACGAACCGGGAAGAAAAGCCCACAAUUCAACGCAAAAAAAAAAAAUAAAAUAGAAAGGAGAAAAAGUGUCCCACUGAAUCGAGUGCUGUGUGCGGUGUUGCUAAAUGGAUAAGUCAAUAUAAAAAUCGUGUUGUGCAAUUUGCGUGGCCCCCGUUGACAACUACCACAGUGUGAGAGGAAAUAGUAAUCCAGGAAGCCGACCGUUGGGGCGAAAUCAAAUUAAAUUUUUCGAAAGUGAUAAUCAAGUGUCCGAGCGUGCGAUCGUGUUUUCGAUCUCUUUCCAUCCGAGCAGUGCUAUAAUUGUGAAACACAAGUGACAGUGAAGUUCCCCUUCACUUGCCGAAUGUGUUUCUAAUAUCUAGUGACGACGCAACUCGGCAAGUGCUCUCAUUUUUUUUUUUCGGUGGAUCAAGUUUCCUCGUCGAGAGGUUCGUCGCUUGUUUUGCUGCGAUCAUCGCAAGUCUCGUACGAGGUGACAGCUAGCAGCCGGAAAGAAGAGAUGAUGAGAGAUCAUCAUCUGGAGCUUUUGGAAAGGCGACGCCGCAGAAGACACCACCUUAAGGAUGACGAUGGAGGUGGCGGCGGAAAAGGCGAAGGUGGAUCAGCUGCAAAACAACGACAACGACAAGAUCGACGCCGGUGUUGGAAUUUAUCCAACAAUGUUUUGGCGACGGCGGUUGUUGUUGCUGCUGCGACGAUCGUGAGCAACUGGGCCGGUGUGAAUUGUCAAGUAUGCGGACCUCCAGCGAUACCCCCGAAUGCCCGGGUACAGACACAACCAGCGGACGGCGGAGGUCCUGGCUUCCGGUCGGCCAAGUACGAGUGUGACUCCGGCUACGAGCUGUUCGGCCAGGAAACGAUCCGAUGCGAUCCGGUCAAGGGCUGGGACAGGGAGCUGCCGUUUUGUGGAACCAACGUGGCGUACCGAAAGCCAGUGAAUCAAUCGUCCGCAACGCGUUCCGGCCCGGCGGGAUUUGCCAACGAUGGCAAGCCGGGCAAUCAGAACCCGGAUGGGCAAGAGUGUUCCGAAACUCAGAAGGAGGCCUCGCCCUGGUGGAGGGUGGAUUUGCUAACGCCGGAAGCGGUUCGGGUUGUGAGGAUCACCACUAGGGGCUGCUGCGGUCAUCAACCGCUGCAGGAUCUGGAGAUUCGAGUGGGAAACAGCAGUUCGGAUCUGCAGAGGAAUCCACUGUGCGCCUGGUAUCCGGGGACGAUGGACGAAGGGACGACCAAGAGCUUCACCUGUGCCAGACCGUUGAUCGGUCAGUACGUUACGGUUCAACUGGUCGGAGUCGAGAGUAGUCUGAGUCUUUGCGAGGUGGAAGUAUUCUCGAACGAUGAGUUUUCGCCGGAUAGAUGUGCGGCGCCGAAUUUGAACGCCGAUACGAUCCUGACGACGUUCGCCAAGACGUGCUACGAAUUUCACAUAACCAGGGGAGAGAGCUUCGACAAGGCGCGGCAAGUGUGUCGGAAGCACGGAGGUGACCUAAUCCACGACAUACGCGGAGCCACCACGGAUUACAUCAUUUCCGAGCUGGAGCGACGCAAGGCGGAUCUGAGGACGCAGCUGGUGUGGAUCGGAGCGCAGAAAGAGCCCGGGAUUACGUCUCGCACCUGGAAAUGGGUGAACGGAGAUACGGUGCUGAAGCCGACCUGGGGCAAAGAUCAACCGAACAACUACAACGGCGAGCAGAACUGUGUCGUGCUGGAUGGAGGCCGCAGCUGGCUGUGGAACGAUGUCGGCUGCAAUCUGGACUAUCUGAACUUCAUCUGCCAGCAUCGGCCGCUGAGCUGUGGAUCGCCGGAAGCGCUGGUCAAUACGACCAUCGUGGGGAAGAACUUCACCAUCGGAUCGACCAUCAGCUAUCGGUGUCCGGUGGGGCACUCGCUGAUCGGGGACGCCAAGCGGCUCUGCCAGGAGUCCGGGGUAUGGAGCGGACGGCCACCGACCUGCAAGUACGUGGAUUGCGGACCGCUACCACCCAUCGAACACGGAGGCAUCAUCCUCUCCGAGCAACGCACCAGCUUCGACGUCAAAGCCACUUACACGUGCCACGAAAACUACACACUCAUCGGCAACGAGAACCGAACCUGCGGGCUCGAGGGCUGGUCCGGAACGGAUCCCAAAUGUUUGGUCGACUGGUGUCCUGAACCGCCACCGAUCCAGGGCGGCUCGAUCAAAGUUUCUGGACGACGAGCUGGAUCGACUGCUGUCUACGCUUGCGAUUAUGGGUUCGUGCUCAUCGGAGAACCUGUCCUGUCGUGCGGCCUUGGAGGGAACUGGACCGGUAAAACGCCGGUUUGUCGAUUCGUCGAUUGCGGAAUGCCUGCUCGACCGGAUCGGGGCAACUUGUUGCUGGUCAACGACUCCACCACGGUUGGGUCCAUGGUGCGGUACUUCUGCGACGACGACUACUGGCUAGUGGGACCCCAGGAGCUCUUCUGUACCAAAGAUGGCAAAUGGUCCGGGAAUGCUCCUGCUUGUGAACUGAUCACCUGCGAAACGCCUCACGUGCCACCCGGAUCCUACGUCGUCGGUUACGACUACAACAUCCACUCGUCCAUCCAGUACCACUGCGAUCCGGGUCACAUUCUACGCGGAGAGGACACCCUCACCUGUCUCGAAUCCGGCCACUGGAGCGGGGAAGCUCCGGACUGCGAAUACGUUGACUGCGGUCCGCUAACCCCAAUUCCGUUUGGAUCGCACCGGUAUCUGCAGAACACGACCUACCUCGGAUCGGAAGUCCUCUAUUCGUGUGCCAACUCGCAUCGGUUGAGCGGAAGCCCCAAGCGAAUCUGCAUGGAGACCGGUCUCUGGAGUGACGCUGCUCCACGCUGUGAGGAAAUUCGCUGCCCGGAACCGACAUUCGCCCCUCAUAGCAUUCUCAGCGUUACAGGGAACGACCGGAUGUACGGAAGGACGCUCAUCCGAACGUCGGAUGUGGCGGCCAACAGCGUGCAGACGUACAAGAUCGGCGCGUUGGCCAAGUACCGGUGCGAACGUGGAUACAAGAUCGUAGGCGAACCACUGAUCACCUGCGAGGAAAAUGGACUCUGGAGCGGAGAGAUUCCGGAGUGUGUAUACGUUGACUGCCAAGCGCCACCAUCGACCCGUAAUGGAAAGGUCACUCUCGCAACAAAUGCCACGUACUACGGAGCGGCGGCCCUGUACGAGUGCGACGCCAACUUCAAACUGGACGGAGUUUCGCGACGGCUGUGCAUGGAGGACGGAAGCUGGAGUCACGAAACGCCUGCCUGCGUGGAGAUCACCUGCGAUGAACCAAAUCUCAGCGAUAACUUGGUGGUAGAUCUAGGCAGCCGGAAGGUAGGAACGUCGGCCAAGUUCAGCUGCGCCAAGGGUAGGUAUAUGAUCGGAAAUGGAACGAGGACGUGCCAGAACACGGGCGUGUGGUCCGGACGGAAUCCGGUGUGCAAAUUGAUCGACUGCGGACGGCCGGCGGACAUCGAAAACGGAAGGGUGAUCGUAGUCAACGAUUCCACCGUGUACGGUGGGUCGGCUGAGUACCACUGCGUCCCGCACUACAACCGCAUCGGACCGUACCUGAGGAAGUGCAUGGAUGACGGCAAAUGGAGCGGCGAGGAGCCGCGUUGCGAAUUGAUCGUCAACGACGCCCAGGAAACGAACAGCCUCGGAACGGGCAUCGCCAUCGGCGCCGCCAUCAUCGUCAUCCUGUUGAUCCUGAUCGGCGUUCUGUUCCUGCACCGGAACAAAGCCCGCCCGGUCAAGAACACCGAAAACGUCCAAGCCGCAGAGCACAAGGACGAACAGAAUGCGGCCGUCAUGUCCUACUCCUCGCUGGAGAACGGCCGACACAACUUCGACCUGCAAAACCGAGGCAACCUGGUGACGUUCAACACGUUCCAAGGUGCCAAUGGUACCAAUCCGCCUCCACCCAGAUUAAACGGGAACGGGGCGAACAUUAGUGUAAGCAAUAACAAUAGCAUCAGCAGUAGGCACAUGAAUGGAGGCGGCGAGAACAUCUACGACCAAAUACCCAACGAACAGUUCUACGACGCCCCGUACGAGAUGCGAAGUAACGAAGAGGUCUAUGAACCGGAACCGACUGCCCGAGGGAACGUCAUUACCAUCAACGGGGUGAGUGUGCGAUGAUGAGGUCGCACCCUCCCUCCCCGAAAACCGCCUUUUUACCUAUUAAUCAUAGUUUAGACGAUAUGGUUAUUUAGUUUGUACGCGCGCACCCAAUCCGAAGAUAUCGAGAAAGACUUAAAAGCUUAUGGUCGGAUGUUCGAAUUCGAGAGGAAACAAAAUUUUAAGAAAACCAUCGUGAAUACUAAUUUAUUUAGGCCUUUUACCGCGUCGACUUCCUUUCGGGGCCGCCCCCUCUUCCUUCGGCUCGACAGUGAUGAUGCUUCCUUUUGUGUAAAUAUUUCCGCUUUCUAGAAUGCAAUAAAAAAAACUACGCGAAACUUUAAUCGACGUCCAAGCCAAGCAAAGAACGUGGCAGCGAUAGGAAAUUUUAUAACAAAAAAUACUCUUGGAAAGAGCUUCUUUUAGUACUUUG